UGCAGACUACCUACUUCUGUAGCUCCUCUUCCUUCUGUAGCUCCUCCUCCUUCUCCUCUUUUUGCUGCUGCUGCUCGUAAUCUCGCCAGCUUUCCGCCUGCGUCCUCUUCCUCCUCCUCUUGCUUGCUGCCGUGAUCGCGAGGACGUGCUUUGCUUGUUCUACAAGAUUUUUCUCGAGUUUUUCUUGUUUUUUUUGUUUUGUUUUAUUUAUAUUUUUUCAUAUUAUUGAGUAGUUAGUCACUUCUACUUCUAUUAUUAUUAUUAUUAUUAUUUGUAUUUUUUUCUCCCCUGGUGUUUGGCUUCCUCGCUGUGAUUUUCUGACUUCUCGUGACACAGGAAGAGUAACGGGUACUCUAUCUCUGGUUUGUCGGUGCGAUUGAAUUAGUUUAUGGCUGGGAGCAGAAAGUGUUGUAGCAAUGUGCAGCUUGGGGUGACAGAGGAUCCGUUCUGGUCUACAAUUAGUUGCAGCUGCGAUUUGUCGAUUGCCUUGGCUGAGGCGUUUUAGGUUUUUUCGUGCACUCUCUGUGUAGACAGCUUCGUUUCGCGGAGUGUUCGCCUCCUGCUCUCUCUCUCUCUCUCUCUCUCUCUCUCUCUCUCUCUCUCUUUUUUUUUGCGGAGAAGUUUGGUUAAGUUCUGGCGACGUUAUGGAAGGUGCUUCAGUGUCCACAAACCCUCGGUCCGUGGAUGAAGUCUUCAAGGAUUAUAGGGGGCGCCGAGGAGGAAUGCUCAAGGCGCUCAUCGCUGACGUAGAAGAAUUUUAUCGGCAAUGUGAUCCAGAAAAGGAAAACUUGUGUUUAUACGGAUACCCUGAUGAAUCAUGGGAGGUUAACCUUCCAGCUGAUGAAGUGCCCCCGGAGCUACCGGAGCCUGCGCUGGGGAUCAACUUCGCCCGCGACGGAAUGCAACGGAAGGACUGGUUGUCAUUAGUUGCUGUCCAUAGUGAUGCGUGGCUGCUUGCCGUAGCGUUUUAUUAUGGAGCUCGAUUCGACAAAAAUGAAAGGAAGCGGUUGUUUAAUUUGAUCAAUGAGCUUCCUACAGUGUUUGAUGUAGUGUCUGGGAAGAAGCCUGUGAAGGAAAAGGCCAGUGUUAACAACAACAACAAUAGUAACAACAACAACAACAACAACAACAACAACAACAACAGUGGUGGAAAUAAAAUAAAGUCUGCUGCUAAAGUGCAACGUGUGGUUGAACCCGUCAAGCCAAAACCUGCCCCCCCUUCCCCCCAGGAUGAAGACUAUUUUGAGGACGACGAGGAGGAACAUGGAGAUACAACUUGCGGCACCUGUGGAGGGAGUUACACUGCUGAUGAGUUCUGGAUAGGGUGUGACAUCUGUGAAAAAUGGUAUCAUGGAAAGUGUGUGAAGAUAACUCCUGCAAGAGCGGAGCACAUCAAGCAAUACAAGUGCCCUUCGUGCAGCAACAAAAGAGCGCCUUCCUUCCCAUGAUAGAUGCGACAUUGCGCGAUCAUUGACUGUAUCCGUGAGGAUGGUAUUCUCGACUGUUGCAGUUGCCCGCGCUGGCUAGUAGAUGGAAAGGAUGCGUGCGAAGACAUUUGCUGUAGAUUCGAAUAUGCAGGUCAUAUUACUAAAUGGGGAAUGACAUUAAGUUGGGUUGAAUUAUUCACGGAAGUUGGCUUUUGUUGCCAGAUUUUUGAGGUUCAUAGUGAGGCUGAUACCUCAAAAUGCUUCACUGUGUACCUUAACAUUCACAGGAAGGCUGAUGCUUUUGGGGCGCAUGUUAAAAAAUAGGAUCGAAUAGGAUCCGCCAAAGGAAAUGCCUGCAAGCAGGUGGUCAUGAUUGUACAGAUUGGGAAGUUGUUAUUUGCAUCCAUGUGUGAAGAUUGUACGAAAAGUCCACUGAUUUGAGGAAUACGUAGUUGAAGGUGCACGUUCGCCACAUGUUUAAAAGGUGUGCUCUUACGUUUCAUGGUCGCACUAAGUAGCACACUGGCUCCCUUAAUUUCACAUCUUUUGAGGGCUAAUUUUGAAAGUU